UCCUAAAACGACAACAAACUCCUUUUUUAAUGUUAGCUGACACCGUUUGUUUCCCAUAUCAGCGAGCAUUUCUUUACUCCAGAACAUCACCAGAGAAGGAGAAAUGGAAAAUGUGCAUUUGGCUGUAGAGGAGGAUGAUCUUUACUCGGGUUAUAACGACUAUAAUCCGACAUUUGACUCCGAGGAGUUGGAGAAUGAUGUGGGCUUCCAGCAAGCAGUAAGAACAAGUCAUGGACGAAGACCUCCGAUGACUGCCAAAUUUCCUGGCACUGCUAUGGGAGCUCGGCCCUUAGCUUCUUCCUUUGGAUCUCGGAUGCCUUUAGCCUCUUCAAUGGGCAGACCCAUGACAGGAGCGGUGCAGGAUGGGGCAGCCCGACCAAUGACUGCUGUCAGAGCAGCAGGUUACACUUCUUCUCUGACCCGUGGCUCAACCUUUGACCCUCUGGGCCAGUCCAAAGGCCCAGCACCUCCACUUGAGGCAAAGAAUGAGGACACGCCUGAGGAGAAGAUCAAGAUCCUGGAGAAGAAAGUGAAUGACCUGAUAGAAGAGAGCUGCAUGGCACAGAGCAUAGGGGCCUUACAACUGGCUCUUGAAAAAGCCAAAGAGGCAGGAAGGAAGGAGCGAGCGCUGGUCAGACAGAGGGAGCAGUCGGGCAAUACAGACCACAUCAACUUAGACCUCACCUACUCUGUCUUGCUCAACCUUGCCAACCAGUAUGCAAACAAUGAAAUGUACCCAGAGGCCCUGAACAGCUACCAGGUCAUUGUGAAGAACAAGAUGUUCAGUAAUGCAGGUCGUCUGAAAGUCAACAUGGCCAACAUCUACUUCAAACAGAAGAACUACCCCAAAGCCAUCAAGUUCUACCGAAUGGCCCUGGAUCAGAUCUCCAACACUCACAAGGAAAUGAGGAUCAAGAUCAUGCAGAAUAUUGGCGUGGUCUUUGUGCGCACGGGCCAGUACUCUGACGCUAUAACAUCUUUUGAGCACAUCAUGAGCGAGAGUCCCAACAUCAGGACGGGCUUUAACCUCAUCCUGUGCUACUACGCUAUCGGCGACAGAGAGAGGAUGAAGAAGGCCUUUCAGAAGCUCAUCUCUGUUCCUCUGGGGAUUGAUGAUGAAGACAAGUACAUCCCAACAAAUGAUGACACCACCUCAAAUAUGGUCAUUGAGGCCAUUAAGAACGACAAGCUGCACCAGAUGGAGAGAGAUCUAAAAGUCCUGGCUGAGAAGUACAUCAUGACUGCAGCCAAGCUCAUCGCUCCGGCCAUUGAGACUUCUUUCGCUGCUGGAUUUGACUGGUGCGUGGACAUGGUGAAGAGCUCCCAGUACGUUGAGCUUGCCAACGAUCUAGAGAUCAACAAAGCCAUCACCUACCUCCGACAGAAGGACUUCAACCAGGCAGUGGAAACACUCAAGACAUUUGAGAAGAAGGACAGCAGAGUGAAGAGCGCUGCAGCCACUAAUCUCUCUUUCCUCUACUUUCUGGAGAAGGACUAUGACCAGGCUGACAGAUACGCCGAUCUCGCCAUGAACGCCGAUCGCUACAACCCCGCAGCGCUUAUCAACAAGGGCAACACAGUGUUUGUCAAACAGGACUAUGAAAAGGCUGCAGAGUUCUACAAAGAGGCACUGAGGAAUGAUUCCUCGUGCACUGAAGCCCUCUACAACCUGGGUCUGACCUAUAAGAGGCUGAAUCGCCUGGGGGAGGCUCUGGACUGUUUCCUGAAGCUUCAUGCCAUUCUGAGGAACAGCGCCCAGGUCAUGUACCAGCUGGCCCACCUUUAUGAGCUCCUGGAGGAUCCCCAACAGGCGAUCGAGUGGCUGAUGCAGGUCAUCAGUGUGACUCCCACCGACCCCCAGGCUCUGGCCAAACUGGGAGAGCUGCACGAUGGUGAAGGAGACAAAUCCCAGGCUUUCCAAUACUACUAUGAGUCCUUCAGGUACUUCCCCUCCAACAUCGAUGUGAUUGAGUGGCUCGGGGCUUAUUACAUCGAGACACAGUUCUGUGAAAAGGCCAUCCAGUACUUUGAAAGGGCAACACUCAUACAACCCACCCAGGUGAAAUGGCAGCUAAUGGUAGCAAGCUGUUACAGAAGAAGUGGAAACUACCAAAAAGCUCUGGAAACUUACAAAGACAUCCACCGCAAGUUUCCGGAAAACGUGGAAUGCCUGCGUUUCCUGGUGAGGCUGUGCACAGACAUGGGAUUGAAGGAAGUCCAAGAUUACGCCACCAAGCUGAAGAAGGUGGAGAAGAUGAAGGAGAUCAGAGAACAGAGGGUGAAGUCUGGACGGGAAGGCAGCGCUAGAGGUCGGAGAGAAGGCAGAGAGGGGAGCGCAGGGAGCGCUGAUGAUGUCAAAGCAGAAUCUAAACAGUUGAGUCCAGUGUUGGACUCAGGGAGAGACAGCGGCCACAGCAGCAGCAGCAGCAGCAUUAAAGGAGAACGUCUGAGCGCCAAGAUGAGAUCUCUUCCUGGUUCUAAUGAGCCCUACGAGACCAGCAGCCCCAAAGAACUCGAUGCUUCCUACGUGGAUCCACUCGGGCCUCAGAUGGAGAGACCAAAGACAGGAGCCAAGAGGCGAGUUGAGGAUGACGACUUUGCCGAUGCAGACCUGGGAGAUGACCUGCUGCCAGAGUAGCUGCUUCAGCCUUCAACUCCUUAUCAGGACAUUUUCUGUUUGGCACCUUCAUCAGGAAAGAACACAAAAGCCUCACCACAAAACCAGAACAUUUUAAACUCGCACCUUCUGCAGACCUUUAGAGGGUUCAGAGACUCCUCCGAAUUGAGGAGUGAGAUGUUUUUACUCCUCUCAGUCUGAUCAUCUGAGUUACUUUCUCAGAUAAUUUUGUUAAAGGUACAUGUUUACACAGUGCAGUCUGGAAGUAUUUGGACAGUUUUCUUGUGGUUCUGUGUUCCAGCUGUGGGUUUAGCAUGAAACUAUGAGGUUAAAGUGUUUUAACUUCAAUUUGAAUGUAUUUAAAUUCAUAUCUGAGUGCAGAGAUUACUUGUGGACAUGCUGUUCCUAAGAUGUUUUACUGUCACCCUGUGUGUUGGAGUUUGGUGCCAAACAAAUGGAUAAACAUUUCUCCAUUCUAAUACUUUUAAAUGCACUGUAUGUUUCCAUGUGCGAGUCUGGGAAAUCCAUCAACAUGAUGUAUGAAACAUAUGUAGUCCAUCCAUUUCAGUCCCUAUUUCAUUUGUAUUUAUUCCUAAAAUGAACAUCGAUUUUUUAAAUUAAAAUGUCUUUAUUUC